GCCAUGGCCCCUGCACUGCUCCUGGUCCCUGCCGCCCUCUCCUCUUUCAUCCUGGCCUUUGGCACCGGAGUGGAGUUCGUGCGCUUCACCUCGCUUCGGCCUCUUCUUGGAGGGAUGCCGGAGUCAGGUGGCCCAGAUGGCCACCAGGGCUGGCUGGCUGCCUUUCAGGACCGCAGCAUUCUUAUUCCCCUGGCUUGGGAUCUGGCGCUCCUGCUGCUAUUUGUGGGGCAGCACAGCCUCAUGGCAACAGAGACAGUGAAGGUGUGGAUGUCCCAGUACUUUGGGGUUCUUCAGAGGUCACUGUAUGUGGCGUGCACUGCCCUGGCCUUGCAGCUGGUGAUGCGUUACUGGGAGCCAGUUCCCAGAGGCCCUGUGUUGUGGGCAGCUCGGGCAGAACCAUGGUCCACCUGGGUGCCCCUCCUGUGCUUUGUGCUCCACGUCAUUUCCUGGCUUCUCAUCUUCAGCAUCCUUCUCGUCUUUGACUACGCCGAGCUCAUGGGCCUCAAACAGGUGUACUACCACGUGCUAGGGCUGGGUGAGCCUCUGGCCCUGAAAUCUCCCCGGGCUCUGAGACUCUUCUCCCACCUGCGCCAUCCAGUGUGUGUAGAGCUGCUGACGGUGCUGUGGGUGGUGCCCACCCUGGGCACUGACCGACUCCUCCUUGCUCUCCUCCUUACCCUCUACCUGGGCCUGGCUCAUGGACUUGACCAGCAAGACCUUCGCUACCUCCGGGCCCAGCUGCAAAGAAAACUCCACCUGCUCUCCCAGCCCCAGGAGGGUGAGGCUGAGUGAGGAGUUAACCCUGGUUUUAAGCCCUGUAUUUUCUGUCCCCCUCAGAAUUCAAAUCCCCUGACAUCCAGGCCCUGGCUGGUUCAGAACAGAGGCCCAUGUCCCAUGCACUCCACUCCCUGGUCCAUCUCCAUACCCUAAAUUCUGAGUUUCAGGACUCCAAAGUCCACUUCUCACCAGCCAGGAAGAGGAGGA